ACGCAAGGUAAUAUACUAACAGUCUUCCAGCCUUCGGCGUAAUCUCUGCGAUUUCUUGGGGGUUGUAGCGGGAGGUGUACUCAGAUAGAAGCCGUAAACCAUCCAUUUCAUAGAUAACGCCUACCUUGUAACAACCGAAGCCGAUGAUAUUUUCAUUCGUUAUCGAACGUGUGCUGAUGCCAGCUAAUCAGCCAAUCACGUCACGCCCAAAGGUGGUCGUGUGCGCGAGCACGUUCAUGUGCACACGAGCGAAUGACCCCUUUCAGUCUCAGCGAAAUAGCAGGGCCUUCUAAUACCAAGGUUGUCUUUCGAUAACCCCGUCCUCUGCUCCGUCAUGCCAUAUACCAAAGACACGUACGCCGCCAGCUGCAAUCCUACUCGUCGGGUGAAACAGGCAGCUCCCAAUGUCUCUGCACCUAUCUCACACCCCACACUCCUUCCCAAACGACCGAGUCUGCCUAGUCCUCCUGCGGAAGAUAUGGAGGCGACACCGGCUCCAGUAGCCCCGGUCCCCGCCCCUGCUAAGCGAGGUCGGAGGCCUGGGACCAUGUCCCGCAGCGCGCGCGAAGCCCAGCGAAAGCUGAACCACUCUAUCAUCGAGAAAGCUCGGCGGACCAAGAUAAACGAAGCCUUAGCCACACUAAGACAACUCGUCCCCGAUAACUUUGGCCAGGCCGAGGAGCAGGCCACUGGGGAGGACGACGAUGACGACGGUGACGAUGGGGAGUAUGGCACGAAGAAGAAACCGGCGACAGGCAAGAAGGCGGAGAAAGAGAAAGAGUUCAAGCUGGAGAUCCUGGUCAGGACGGUGGCGUAUAUGCAGCAUUUGCUUGAGAAGGUGAAGGAGAUAGAAGCCGACGGCCCGCAGAAGAAGCGUAAGCGGGAGGAUGGGGAGCAGGAGGAUGAACGAGAGACGGUUGCAAGGAAGAGGCCCAAUCUUGAAAGCGACUCCGAGCGUCUUCCAUCGAUAUCGUCGUGGCUCCCGAGCAUCGACCCUAGUCUAUUGUCGCCGUCAGAGCGUCAGAUCCAAACCUCUCCCCGGGCUCCAUUCGACGGAGUCACCCAGCUACCUUCCCCGCCGUCCUCGGCUCGCUUUAUACCCAUUGCACAUUCAUUUCAAGCUCUACCUGCUCUAACCCUCGGGCCUGUGGCGAUGGAAGUGAGAACGCUGGACGAAGAGUCCGCUGCGUCCUUGUUGCUCCAUAUCAGCUCAUCGAGGUCUUCCACUUCGAGAUCUUCGUCUCUGGAUGGUCAACGGCCGUCAGAAAAGGUUAACAGUAUUCAGCCUCUGACGCCGGGCUCAAUGUUGGGGUUGAAACGUUGAGGCUUGGGGUCGUUAUCAUUAUUUUCUUUCCCGGCUGAGAUGGUCGAUUUACUUGUAUCCUGUUGUAUAACUGUUUCACUCAACCGAAGUGGUCCA